GUCUUCUCACAAGGAGAGAUUGAGGAAAAAAAAAAACACUAGUUAAAAAAGAAAGGUAUUGGCACUCAAGAGAAAGUCGGAAUGGUUUCGUCGGAAAAGUUUUCUCUUCCAAAGUUCCUCUACUCCUCCUCCAUGCCGUCAAAGAGUCCAAUCAUCUCGUCACCGGAGGAGGGGAUCAAGAUGUACUCGCCGGCGUUCUACGCGGCAUGCACGAUCGGAGGGUCAUUAUGCACCGGACCAACACAUACCUCGGUCACUCCUCUUGACGUCGUCAAGUGUAACAUGCAGAUCGACCCGGCAAAGUACAAGGGCAUAAGCUCCGGUUUCGGCAUUAUUGUGAAAGAACAAGGAAUCAAAGGUCUAUUUCGGGGUUGGGCUCCAACAUUGCUGGGUUACAGUGCACAAGGUGCUUGCAAAUACGGCUUCUACGAAUUCUUCAAGAAGUACUACUCCGACCUUGUGGGCCCCGAGUACGCCGCCAAGUACAAGACCUUCGUCUACCUCGCCGGCUCUGCAUCGGCGGAAUCCAUCGCCGCUGCCGCUCUUUGCCCCAUGGAAGCUGUCAAAGUCAGAGUCCAAACCCAGCCUGGUUUCGCCAAAGGUUUGGCCGAUGGCCUUCCCAAGUUGGUCAAGUCCGAAGGUGUUCAUGGAUUGUACAAAGGGAUUGUUCCACUUUGGGGUCGUCAAAUUCCUUAUACGAUGAUGAAGUUUGCAUCUUUUGAGACAAUAGUUGAGCUGCUAUACAAGCAUGCAAUCCCAACUCCGAAGGAGCAAUGCAGCAAUACAUUUCAGCUUGGAGUGAGCUUUGCUGGUGGAUAUUUGGCUGGUAUCUUCUGCUCUGUUAUUUCCCACCCUGCUGACAAUUUAGUCUCCUUUCUCAACAAUUCCAAGGGUGCUACCGUUGGUGAUGCUGUUAAGAAGCUAGGCUUAUGGGGUUUAUGUACCCGUGGCCUUCCUCUUCGUAUUGUGAUGAUCGGAACUCUUACCGGAGCUCAAUGGGGUCUCUAUGAUGCUUUCAAAGUUUCUGUUGGACUGCCAACUAGUGGUGGUAUUACUCCAGCUCCGGCCGCCACCGAUCUUGCAAUUGCCUGAAUUUUUAAGUUGAUGGCUAAUAUACUCCAAUAGUUACAGAAAUGGAAAAUAGGGUAAUUGAUUCAACAUUUUUUUGCCUUGCAAAAGCGACUACUUUAUUCAAGAGAGAUAUGAUUCAAGAAGAUGGUUCUUAUUCUUAUCAUGUCAGUAGGUAUAAUGAGGUUGCGAUAAGGAUCAGAUUUUUUUCCCAAAGAUGGUGUAUGCAAUAAAAAUUUCAUUUUGAAAAUUAGAGUUUUUAUUGUGUAUUAUGUAUUCUACAGAAAAUGAUUUUGAUUUUAAUAAAUUUGGUUAAAAGUUGCUACUUA